AUGGCAGCUAAACAAUGUCAUGUUAUGAUGUUUCCCUGGUUAGCAUUUGGGCACAUGCUUCCAUUUCUUGAGCUCUCCAAAAAAUUAGCAGCCCACGGCAUCCGAGUUUCGUUUGUUUCAACCCCCAAAAAUCUGCAGAGGUUGCCGGCAAUUCCACAAAAUCUAGCUAUAAAGCUUGUGGACAUUCGAUUGCCAUCAGUUGUUGGUUUGCCAGAAAACUGUGAGGCCACCAUUGACCUUCAGCUAGAACAAAUUCAGUACCUGAAAAAAGCAUAUGACCAAUUAGUCAUUCCAUUUGAAGAACUCCUGCAAAAGGACUUACCAGACUUGAUUCUUAUCGAUUUUUCUCCAUAUUGGAUCCCAGAAAUCGCUGCUAAAUUUGGCGUUGCUACUGCUUUCUUCAGUGUAUACACAGCUGCAACAUUGGCAUACUUGGGGCCACCAGUCGAGCUAAAAUCUGGUUGCCAACGUACAAGCCCAGAACAUUUUACAAAGGCACCAGAUUGGUUCACUUUCUCUUCUCUAAUUGCCCACAGGCCUGAUUAUGCACCAAGAAUGUUAAAAAACCUGCACUAUCCUGACAUAUCUGGCGUUUCAAGUGGCCAACGGAUUGCUAAAAUAGUGGAAAAAUGUGAGUUUGUCAUAGUAAGAAGCUGUAAAGAGUUUGAGGAAGAUUAUAUUACUCUACUUGAGGAACUCUACCAAAAGCCAGUUCUACCAAUUGGUUUACUCCCACCAAUUUUGGCAGAGAAAAAAAGUGAUCAUGAUGCUGUUGAUUCAAGCUGGUCUGUAACUUUCAAAUGGUUGGAUAAACAGAAGCCAAAGUCUGUGGUCUUUGUGGGAUUUGGGAGUGAGUACAAGAUGCCUAUUGAGCAAGUCCAUGAGUUGGCCUAUGCACUUGAACUUUCUAAGCUGCCAUUUAUAUGGAUUCUUAGAAAACCGAAAAGUUUAGAUAGUCUGGACCUACUGCCUCCUGAUUUUCUGACUCGAACCUCUAACCAGGGUGUUGUCAAUCUUGGUUGGGCACCCCAAUUGGAGAUACUUGCUCAUGCUGCCAUUGGAGGAUGCUUAUUCCAUUCUGGUUGGGGUUCCAUUAUAGAGUCAGUUGGCUUUGGACACCCACAAAUUCUAUUGCCAAUGGUGGCUGACCAAGGUCUCAAUGCAAAGCUGUUGGUGGAAAAAGGAAUAGGCUAUGAGGUCCCUAGGAAUGAAGAUGGUUCCUUCAACCGAGACACAGUUGCCAAAGCCAUGAGAAUAGUGAUGGAAGCACCAGAGGGAGAGCUGCUAAGAUCGAAGGUUACUCAGAUCGAAUCUGUUUUUGGAAACCAGGAACUUCACGACAAUUACAUAAACAAGUUCAUUCAGCUUCUGGACAAGUCUAGGAGCAGGAACAAGGGAUAUCAUAAAGCGGUAUUUCCUACAAAUGGAAAACACCUAUGCACGAAGAGCAUAAAGUUUGUAAACAUCCCAUUGCCAUCAGUUGCCGGUUUGCCAAAAAACUGUGAGGCAACCAUUGACCUUCAGAUCGAGCAAAUUCAGUAUCUGAAGAAAGCAUAUGACCAGCUAGUCAUUCCAUUUGAAGAGCUCCUGUAUAAGGACUUACCAGAUUUGAUAUUAGCCGAUUUUGCUCCAUAUUGGGUCCCAGAAACUGCCGCUAAAUUUGGCGUGCCUACUACUUUCUUUAGCAUGUUCACCGCUGCAUCAUUAUCGCCUGAUUAUGGACCAAGAAUGUUACGAAACGCGCACUAUCCUGGCAUAUCUGGCAUUUCAAAUGGCCAAAGGAUAGCUACCAUAUUGGAAAAGUCUAAGUUCAUCUUAGUAAGAAACUGUAAAGAGUUUGAGGGAGAGUAUAUCAAUCUCCUUGAGGAACUCUACCAAAAAUUCGUGCUACCAAUUGGUGUACUCCCACCAAAUUUGGUAGAAAACAGAAGCAAUAAUCCUGUGGAUUCAAGCUGGCAUAGCACUUCCAAAUGGUUGGAUAAACAGAAGCCAAAGUCUAUAGUGUUUGUGGGAUUUGGGAGUGAGUAUAAGAUGCCUAUUGAGGAAGUCCAUGAGUUGGCUUUUGUACUUGAGCUUUAUAAGCUGCCAUUUAUAUGGAUUCUUUGGAAGCCGAAAAGUUUACAUAGUCUGGACCUUCCGCCUCCUGAUUUUCUGACUAGAAUCUCCGACCGUGGUGUUGUCAAUCUUGGUUGGGCACCCCAAUUGGAGAUACUUGCUCAUGCAGCCAUUGGAGGAUGUCUAUUCCAUUCUGGUUGGGGUACCAUUAUAGAGUCACUUGGCUUUGGACAUCCUCAAAUUUUGCUGCCAAUGGUGUCUGAUCAAGGUCUCAAUGCUAAAUUGUUGGUGGAAAAAGGACUAGGCUAUGAGGUCCCAAGUAAUGAAGAUGGUUCCUUCAGUCGAGACGUGGUUGCAAAAUCCAUGAGAUUUGUGAUGGAAGAACCAGAGGGAGAGUUUAUAAGAUUGAAGGCUGCUCAGAUAAAAACUAUUUUUGACAACCAGGACCUUCAUGACAAUUAUAUAAACAAUUUCAUUCAGCAGUUGGACAAGUUAAGAGCAAGAACAAGGAAUACCACUAAGAAGCAGAGGCUUAAAUGUCCCACCUAG